ACCACCAACACCAGCCUAGCAGUUCACCGGCAGCCCCGCCACCUCCACCCGCACACCCACACCCAUGCUGACAUCUACUACACCUACACCAACCAUGUCUUCACCCACACACACAUCAAUAUUCACACCAGUAACCUCGAAACCAGUGUCCACAUCUGAAGCCACACCCAUGAUAACAUCUGUUACACCAACACCUGCAGCCAUAACUAUAUCGUCACCUGUACACAUGACCAUACUCGCACCUGAAAUUAAGCCCACACCCAGAGCCACAACCACGCCUACAACCUCAUCCGGGGCCACAGCCACGAUUACGUCUGGGGCAACAACCAUGCCCAUACCUGGGGCCACAACUCCACCCAUACCUGAGAUCACAACCAUGCCCAAACUGGUGUCUACAAUCACGCCAGCACCUGGGGUCACAAGCAUGCCCGAAACCACGGUCAUGCCCCAACUUGGGCCCAAAAUUACACUCGAGGCCACAGCACCACUCGCACCCAGAGCCACAACUACACUCACAACCAGUCAUGUUCCCAUGGCAUCACCCACACCUGUUCGUGUAGCGCCACCCAUAACCACACCCGAAAUUACACCUACAUCCACUCUCCUGUCCAUCCCUGCAGCUGUACCCAUACACAUACAAGUUCCCCCUACCAUCCACAUACCCACAACUACCCUCAUGCCCAUAUCACCAAGAAUGUCUGCCAUAACACUAAUGCCCACAAACACGCCAGGGACUCCCCCUAUCCUCACAGCCAAACGUAGGUUGGUUUCCUCCCCAACAACUUCACCACCAACACCUCCACUCCACCUGUCCGCCACCAAACCUUCACCUGUGUUUAUGUUCACGCCCACACCUUUACUAACACCCAUCCUGGCACCUGCUUCACCUGUUACCCCGCAGGUCCCACCCACACCUCAGUUAACUCACACCUAUACUUCCCCCAACACCCCUUCACCACCACCCCCACCACUACACACCGCCAGGAUACCCCAGCCAAUCCUACCUCAGACUACCCUUUCCCUACCAAGCAUACCUCUGCCCACCCUGCCUCAGUCUAACAUUCCUCGACUCAAUCUGACCCAAUCUAACCCACCCAGCCUAGGUCUGCCCCAACCCGGCCCCUCAACUUCAGGGCAUUAGACACCAAAGCCCACGAAUACUGAAAACUUUACACCUAUCAUAUUCGUGUUUUUGUCUUCUAGACAAGUAUAUCAUACGCUUUUGUAUCAUUUUAUAUCGUUCAGUAUCAUCCACAAUCAUUAGUUUCUUGUAAGUCAUUCACUUGACACUGGGUCAGGAAUCCUAUUCAGUGGAUCGUGUUCAUCCACAUUACACCAGUGCCAUCCUAUACUAGCCACGUCGUCAUCCACAUCACUCAACACUACCAACGUCAUCUCAUAUAUACCAAUCACAUCACCCCAUCUAUCACCCUACACCAUUCAUAUCACCCCACAAACUAUCCACUUCAUUACACACCAUCUGUCACACCCGCAGCAUCAUUGAACAUAAUGCACGCUUCUCCCAGACAACCACUCACCAUGCCCCUGCACGCUGGUCUAGGCACUAGCUCACUGUUAAUAAAUAUGAAGGUAACAUUCCUAAUGCUAAUGUAUAUAUCCCUCGCCCGUCACUCAUUGAAUACACCUUCCUCAUGGCCACCGCGACACUCACUUGCCGUUCUCCAGCACCCACCGACGCAUCUCAAGCCCCCUUGCUGCACAUACUCCCCCACACAACACCCAACCAGUAAAGAUUCAUCAUAUCCCAGUGCACAUCUUCCUUGCUUCACCACAACUCGACAGUAGUUACUGCUUUUUCUCAGCACUAUCACACAGCUUUCCUCCACACUACACCACAGUACCUCGCCAUAGCUUUACACAGCUC